GGGGGGGAGAGACACACAGAGACAGAGAGGGUUAGAAGAGGGAGAAAGGAAUUCAGAACUGUUUAAAUGGGAAGGAUAGGGGCUGCAGAUUGAACAAGCAAACAAAACAACUGGAAAAGUGGAAGCAGAUACAUUUUACGCACGAGAAAAGUGAGAAGUAGUUUGGGAAAAAGGGGGGAAAAGGGCAUUAGAUUUUUUUCUUUCAAACGUCUCUUUUUUUCUUCUGAUGACUCAGAAAGGAUUCCUGUUCAAAUCAGCCGCUCUGCAGGAAUUGAUGGUGUCUUUUAGGGGAAACGGAGCCGAGGGGAGGACUCUGAAUGCGCUCGGAUGAACCAUGCUUGGCUUUUGGAUCCUAACUUUGGCACUCGCUUUCAACAAAGUGUGCUGUGUGCGAUUCUCCCAGGAGCCGGCCGACCAGUCCGUGGUGCUGGGAGAACGGGUGGUGCUGUCCUGCGUGGUCUUCAACUAUUCGGGCAUCGUGCAGUGGACCAAGGACGGCUUGGCCUUGGGCGUUGGAGAGGGUCUUCGAGCCUGGCCCAGGUAUCGUAUACUGCGGGCGCUGGACACCGGCCAGUACAAUUUAGAGAUCUCACACGCUCAACUCUCAGAUGACUCGCUGUACGAGUGUCAGGCCACAGAGGCCGCCCUGCGAUCCAGAAGAGCCAAGCUCAAUGUACUUAUCCCCCCUGAGGAUCCGGUGGUGGAGGGAACGCCGGAGCUGCUGCUGAUGGCUGGUACUGCAUUCAACUUGACCUGCGUAACCCGCGGGGCCAAGCCUGCAGCUCACAUUCAGUGGACCAAAAAUGGCGUCCCUGUGGAGGGAGCACACCACUCAACGGAGGUACUGCCAGACAGGAAGAGAGUGACGACCAGGAGCUAUCUCCCCAUCACUCCAGUUGACACCGACAGCGGCAGCAAUUUCACUUGUGUGGCCAGCAAUCCAGCGGUGCCAAUGGGCAAAAGAGCCACUGUCACUCUCAACAUCCACCAUCCUCCUACAGUGACCUUGUCCAUCGAACCUCGCUCUGUCCUGGAGGGAGAAAGAGUCACCUUCACCUGCCAGGCCACAGCCAAUCCACCCAUUAUGGGCUACAGGUGGGCUAAAGGUGGUGUGCUGCUGGAGGGGGCCAGGGAGAGCGUAUUUGUCACCACGGCUGAUCAUUCAUUCUUCACCGAGCCCGUGUCGUGUCAAGUGUUUAACGCAGUGGGGAGCACCAACGUCAGCAUUCUCGUGGAUGUGCACUUUGGUCCAAUUCUAGUUGUGGAGCCCAGACCAGUGACAGUGGACGCAGACUCAGAUGUCACUUUGAACUGCAAGUGGGCUGGAAACCCCCCACUUACUCUCACUUGGACUAAAAAGGGUUCCAGCAUGGUUCUGAGCAACAACAACCAGCUGCAUUUGAAGGCAGUGAGCCAGGCUGAUGCAGGACAGUAUGUCUGCAAGGCCAUCGUGCCACGCAUUGGAGUUGGAGAGACCGAGGUUACGCUCACCGUCAACGGCCCCCCUAUCAUCUCCAGUGAUCCAGUUCAGUACGCUGUCAGAGGUGAAAGAGGAGAGAUCAAGUGUUACAUUGCCAGCACCCCACCACCUGAUAAGAUUGUCUGGGCGUGGAAGGAGAACGUGUGGGAGAAGGAAAAAGGCACUCUGAUGGAGAGAUACACUGUGGAGCAGAGCAAACCUCAGUCCCAGGGUGGGGCUGUCCUUUCCACAUUGACUAUCAACAAUGUCAUGGAGUCCGACUUCCACUCUCCAUACAACUGCACUGCCUGGAACUCUUUUGGACCUGGAACCAUGAUCAUUACACUCGAGGAGAAAGAUAUUGUUCCAGUGGGAAUUAUCGCUGGUGGUACAGUGGGCUCCUCCAUUCUGCUACUCAUGAUUCUGCUGCCACUUGCCUUCUUCUUCUACCGCCAACGCAAAGGCAGUCGCCGUGGUGUCACACUUGGUAAGCCAGACAUCAAGGUAGAAACGGUCAACAAAGAGACCCAUAGCUUGGAGGAGGAGGCAGCCAACGUCUCUACAGCAACUAGAAUGGUCAAGGCCAUGUACUCCCCGUUCAAAGACGACAUGGACCUGAAGCAGGAGAUCAGGAGCGAGAGCGACACGCGGGAGGAGUAUGAGCUGAAGGAUCCAACUAAUGGCUACUAUAACGUCCGAGCUACCACCCAUGAUGAGGCGCGACCCCAGUCCCGUGUUGUCCACUACCAGGGAGAGUUUCGCCCCCCGAAUCCUAAUACCGGACCAGGUGGAGCCACUUCGAGCGGUCCUUCUGCUGUAGCCAGUGGUGCAGUUCCUCCCAGCGCGGUGCCUGGCUCAAGAGCUGGCUGCUAUGACCCUCGUCCACCCUCCAGGAUGUCCCAUGCUACAUAUGCCCAGUUUAACACCUUCUCCAGGGCAGCCCAGAGGCAGGAUGUUCCUCCAAAUCCUGCUCUUCCAUCACCAGGAGAUUUCUCUGGAGGAGACUGUGGCCUACUGGACAAUACAACCCAACUACCAUAUGACAGCUAUGGAUUUCCCUCCCAAUAUCCAAGCUACCGUGUUGGCUUUGCUCCUACAAUAGAGGAAGGGCCUGCCUAUGAGAUGUAUCAAACAGGACAGGGGAGCGGUUCAGGGCCAGGAACAGGACAGCAAAGUCCUGAAACAGGCUUGGCAAAGUACGGGAGUUCUACUCGCUUCUCGUACUCAUCCCCACCCUCUGACUAUUCCCAAAGACACACACAACGAAUGCAGACUCAUGUGUGAGGAAAACAUAAACAUACUUCUUGAAUUUAUGCUUUCAACACUAUUACACAACCUGUAUAAAUCCUAACAUGCUGUUUGUGAAUCUGAGAGAAUCUGUUUUCCUUUUUCAUGGCAAUCACUGCAUGGAUACCUGUUUUUUACACUAUUACAAUAGCCAACAUUUAGGAGCAUUAUGUACGACACAGAAAGAAGCAAUGCUUCUUUAUGUUAAAUCAGGCAGGCUUCCGUUCUGUAAUCAUCUAAAGCAAAAGCGGAAUGCGGAGAAAAGAAGAGAAGAGCACUUUGCCAACUUGACUUGGAGGCGGGUCAACCCUUGACCAGCGUUUAGACCACCCCCAGUCUCACAGUCCUCCCAAACCCUCCCAUCUCUGUACAUAAUGUUACAUUUGGGUCAUUUUAAGAUUAUAUUUCUUGUAUAAAGCUAUAAACAGCAAACCUCUAAGUAAAACACACAUUUUUUCAUUUUCUGACUUACAUUGCUAAUCACACAAACCCAGACAUACAACCCCAUGUCUGCAAAAAGAAUGCAGCAAAGGGGCAGCUUGGACUAUAGACAUAGGUGGCGCUUGUCACUGAAACUUGCAUAAUGGCUUUUAAUUACAAGAUCUACCUUGAUUUAAGUGGGACAGUUGUUUGGUGUGAUCAGGUGCCACUUCUUAUGUGCCAACACACAAGAAAACAUGGUGUCUUCUGUUUAUUUCACAGCGUGGACAAUGAGGUGCUCCGGGUAACAGGAUAAUACAAGACAAAGGAGCAGUAGCAAGCGUCUCUUUGCUCAAAAUCGUAUUGUGUCUCUGUCUUCAUCACCCAUAUCUAUACCUAAUAUUUCACCUGAUGUCAGACCUAUAGGAAGUGUUGUGAAACAAUGUGUGGCGGGAGCGCCUUCUCAUUCUAUACAUUUCUGCAAUUUGUGCAAAAAGAUACCUCCCCUACCCUAAAGUGUUCAAAUGUACUUGUUUUUCUCACUUGCACAGUAGGAUAGACUUUUUUUCCAUAUUUAUACUAAAGCGUAUAAAAAAAUGCAUUCAGAAACAUUUUAUAAUAUUUUUAUAAGGAGUUGUGGACCAAAGGUUCAGCAUUUUGGGGGACACUCACUUUUCGAUGUGUAAUGCGGUGUUAACGUUCGGAAGAGAUCCGAGUUCCUUUAAAAUGAAGUGGUUUUUAAUGUUGUAGGCUUAAAAUAGAAAACUUAAAGAGAUUCACCUCAAAAUAACAAAUAUCUAGCAGGACAGGUUACCUGCUAUGGAUAUAUUUGUUUGGUGUGAAACUCUUUCUUUGACUUCCUGUCUUCUGACUGGACUGCCUUUUUUCUAAAGCUGGUGACGACAUUCUAAUUGAAAGGCCUGGAAAGAGCAGCUGCUCUAUCGGAGCAGUUCUGUUAACUUUGGAAGCAACCAGAAGGUUUAAAUGUGGUUUAACAUAUCAAAGUGAGGGGAAGAGGGUUCUAUCUAGCUCAUAUGGAUUUUUUUACUAUUUGUAAGUACGCAAAUUUUCUCUCCACAAUAUCAAAUUUGCUGGUGUUUGUUUUUUCAUUGUGUUUUGUCAGGUCUUAGUGUGUGUGGCCAGCCUUUAAAAGCAGGUAUUGGAAACUUGAAAAUCUGGGGGAAGUAGAAAAUGCAAGUACCUCCUCCUCCCCUUACUGCUCAGCUUUGCUCUUAAACGAUUUUCAGUAUGGAUAGCUGUUGUGUUUAAAGCUCCCGUAUUAUUCUACAUUUUGAAAAGAAAAGAUAUUAACAAUAAAGCCCUCAGAGCAUGUGUUACACAGGAACAUUUCUCUCAGAUUAGGCAUUCACCCUUUCCCAAAAACCUCCUUAUUCAGCUCUCCUCUGGACAAUACAACAUAUAGCUCCAUCUAUAGUUAGAAACCCCUGAUACAGAUAUGUAGAAAGCCUGAACAAUAAGGCCAUCUUCUAUUGCUUUGGUUAUCUAGGCUUAAGAAAAUGUAAGAAUGUCCACUGAUUAAUUUGAGUACAUUUUAUUCCUUAAAGAAAACUAAUAUAGGCAAAGUAAUAAUUUUGUUCAAAAAUCAUCAGUAUUUCUUGCUUCUCCUCAUUUAACCUCCUUGGUGAGUCACUUUUGAUCCUUUGACCAUAUUUUUGUAUCAAUAUGUUGCUAAAAGAUUCAGUUUUGGUGGAUUGUUCAGAACAUCAUGGAAUUCCACAGUUCCUGAUGCCAUGCAAUCUUACAGAUGCAUAUUGCCUUUACCUAGAAAUUGGUCUGUUUUUCUGAAUCAACAAGAUAAUGCUGCUGUGAUUUCAUAGUGGGUGUUUUGUUAUUGUUGGCACUGCAUAUUUCUAAGGCUUUCCUUUAAAGAAGCUUCAACAUGUCCCAUUUGUGGAGUUUAAUUCUUUUUUUUCCUUUCUUUUGGGACUCAGACACUAGGAAAUUAUCCUGUCUCUCAGUUAUGUACUGUAGAUAGAAUCAGUAUUAGUUUGUUGAAUUUGUGAAGACCCCUCUACGCUGGUCGUUUCCCCUCUUCUCCUCUAAGUUUAUCUUGUAAAUUCAGAAAAACAAAUUAUUUUUGUUGAUUUUUUUAGAAUCCAAUACAUUUCUGUAAACUCCAAAUCAGCUCCAACAGCCUUAACAUAAACACUUUUACAGCAUCAGAGAAGUCCUACCGUAUUUUAAAAAAUUAAUGAGUAGUUUUUUUUCUAUAUCUAAGUCAGAACCAUGCAAAGCUGGUUAUCGACACACUUGGUCUAAUGCAACCAAAAUACUAAUAGUCGUAGUGCUAUUUUCAUAAACCUCAGUGCAAACUUUGCAUUUUUAAAUUUGGAGAGGGAACAGAAACAUGUUUUUCUUGCAUGGCUCUGAAACAAUAAGGUGGAGUUUAGAGCCUUUGAUAAAUGUAUUGCGACCCUUGGAUUUUUUUCCUUCUGUAAUGAUCUUGGCACUGAUUCUGCGCUGAUCUCUCCGUCCAUACAUCUGCUCUGCUCAACCCGUCCGCAAUCAGCUCUGAACGGCUUCACCUGUUUCCAUCACUAUAUAAUCCCCAUCAGACCAUUCCUCAGUACCAGAUUAUACCAUACCAACCCGGUAAACUUAAUCCAGCGUAAUCUAAGUUAUCUGUCCGCCCACCAGUUUAUUGACCUGUUCUGCACCCUGAUACCGAGCCUGCCUGAUUCCAUUCGUCCUGGAUAUCCUCUCAGUUCCGCCUCUGAAUCUCUGGAUCUG